UGAGUGUCGCGACAGAAGUUUUUGUUUUUGUUUUUUGAGAAACAGUCCGCGACAGAAGUUUGCGUUCCCUUCCCACAAAAAGAAAAGAGGUUCCGCCAGCAGCCCAGCGCCCCAAGCCACGUACACACUUUGCGGCCCACCACCUAGCUUGCUUAAGAAUAAUAGAGAUCCCCCGGCCUUCUUCCCUGUAAACUGCUCUCCCGUUCAGCACUCCACACCUCCCACCCACCUACCUCGCUUCCGCCGUUGACCAUAGCCUGAGCAGGAGCUUUGAGAUGGAGGAAGAAGCUCUGAGGGCGGCGAUGGAAGACGCCUUUCUGGAGGGCGCGGUUGAAUGGCGAGCGGACACCAUCCUCCAGACCCUGCGGAUGGACAAGCUGGAUGCGUGGAUCCGCGGAGAGGGGCUUGCCGAUGAGAUCGAGGGGCUCAAAUCUGAGAUCGAUGAAGUCAUGGCGACGGUAUCCUAUGUCAAGGGGAGGGCGGUAGGCAACAGGCGGAUGGCGAGGUCUCUCGCGGCGCUCAAGCAGAAGCUCUUCGACGCCGAUGACGCUGUCGACGAGCUCGACUACUACAGACUUCAACACCAUAUCGUCGAGGUCGAAGGAGGCCAACACGCGCUGCCGUCUUCAUCCAACGCGCACAAUCGCUUCGCUUCCGAUGGUGUUACCCAGUCUUUCACCACAGCCACAACGACUACCGCUGCAGUUACUUUGCAGGAGCCCGAAGGCAUGCAUGAAGCAGCGCGAGUAGAUCAUGGCACAUCGAUGGGUGAUGGUGAUAAUAUACUGCCGAGAAGAGGUCGUGGCAAAAAAAGAUCCCCACAUUGGAUUGAUUUUGACGAGAUAUAUGACACUGAUGGAAAGACCGUGGGGGCAAAAUGUAGACACUGUAAAAAGAAACUUAAAUACGACGGUAAACAAGGGCCAAGAGUCUUGAUGACUCACUCCAAUAGUGCCAGGUGUAAGAAUACGCGAGAACCACGUCCCCAGCCGCCAAGCCAUUCAAGCAUGGAUGAUGCUACUGAAAAUGCUACCCCCGUUGCUGUCAGUAAUUCACCCAGCAUACCAAGGAUGGGAACGAAUCCAGAGCCAACACAAAUCACCGCAGCUGUUGCUCACCCUUGGAAUAAGGACGAAAUUUCCAGUAAGAUACAGAAAAUAACUCAUCAGUUGCAAGGCAUCCGAGGGGAUGUGACAAAGGAUCUCAACAUGCUUGGGUCACAUUAUGGUGCAAGUUCAGCUCACCAUCAAAGUACAGCCUCAGAUCCAAGCCGAAGAACAUCAAGUCUUCUUCAAGGCAAAGUGUAUGGGAGAGACAAAGAGAAGAACACCAUCAUACAGCUGAUGACUGCUGGGAAAUCUGACAGUUUGACUGUUGUGCCCAUUGUAGGCAUUGGAGGUACUGGGAAGACGGCUCUCGUGCAAUUUGUAUAUAAUGAUCCGAAAGUGCAAAACCAAUUUGACCACAGCAUAUGGGUUUGGGUGUCUAAUAGCUUCGAUGAAAUGAGACUCACAAAAGAGAUGUUAGAUGUUGUCCCUCAAGAAAAGCACGAAGGGUUAUGCAGCCUUGACAAGCUUCAGCAGGUCUUGAAAACUCAUAUUGAAUCAAAGAGGGUUCUACUGAUUUUAGAUGAUGUCUGGGAUGGCAUGAACGAUGGCAAACUGGACCUAAUACUGGCUCCUUUCAAGUCAAGCAAUGCAAAUGGCAAUGUGAUCCUUGUGACGACCAGAUAUCUGUCUGUUGCGAAAAGGAUGGGAACGACUGAACCAGUCGUGUUACAUGCUCUGGGAGGGUAUGAUUUUUGGUUAUUGUUCAAAGCACGAGCAUUUCGUGAUGAGAACUAUGAAGGAAAUCUAACAAAUAUUGGACGGGAAAUAGCAGGCAAGCUAAAAGGCAACCCAUUAGCAGCAGUAACUGCAGGGGAACUAUUAAGAGUUGAUCUUACUGUUGAUCAUUGGACUAAAAUUCUCAAGGACGAAGGCUGGAAAUUGUUGGGGCUCAGUGGAGGCAUCAUGUCUUCUUUGAAGUUUAGCUAUGAUCAGCUGCCAUACCAUCUACACCAAUGCUUAACGUUUUGUUCUAUAUUCCCUGAUAAUCAUGAGUUUCUUGAUGAGGAGUUAGUCCGUAUUUGGAUUUCCCAAGGAUUUGUCAAGCAGAGCAAUCCAAGUAAGAGAUUGGAGGAUAUAGGAAUGGACUAUUUAUCAGAUUUGGUGAACCUGAGCUAUUUUCAGCGAGUUGUUAGAAAAGAUUCAUAUGUUGUGUGUGGUCUUAUGCAUGAUUUUUCAAGGAUUGUUUCAAGAACUGACUGUGCAAUUAUAGAUGGUCUAGAAUGCACUGAUAUAUUGCCAACUGUACAACAUUUGUCAGUAGAGUGCAAGAAAGAUCAGCAUGGGAACGUGUCUUGGAGUAGCAAGUUUAAAGAAGAUUUGCGAAAAACAGUUACAUCUGUGAGAAAACUGAGGACGUUACUGUUAAUCGGGCAAUAUGACUGUUCCUUCUUCCAAUCCUUCGAAGACAUAUUCCAGAAGGCACACUAUAUACGUCUGCUGCAAAUAUCAGCAACAUUUCAAGAUUUUAAUUCCCUCGUGCGCAGUUCUGUAAAUCCUACUCAUCUUCGCUAUCUAAAGCUUACAGUCAAUGAGGUGCAGGGAGAUUUGCCUCAGGUUUUGAGCAAUUUUUGCCACCUUCAAGUAUUAGAUGUCGGCUCAAACACUCAUCUUGAUGUAGCUCAUGGAAUGAAUAAUCUUGUCAGUUUGCGGCAUCUUGUUGUAGCUUCCAUAUACAGAAUUGGCAAAUUGACCUCACUUCAGACACUAAGCAAUUUUAGCGUACAAGAUUCUAAUGGCUUUCGGAUUAUAGAACUUCAAUCCAUGAAUGAUCUUUCCCAACUUAUGAUUUCUCAACUUCAAAAUGUUAAAACUCUGGAGGAGGCUUGUGGGGCAGGAUUGAGAUAUAAACGACACUUAGAAAAGCUGCACUUGUCCUGGAAUAUGUCAGAUGUUGAAUCUGACUCGGAUGGCAGCAAUGAAUCCGACUCAGAUGGCAGCAAUGAAUCUGACUCAGAUGACAGCAAUGAAUCUGCGAAUGUCAUGAGCUCUGAACCUUCUACCAGCAAAGAAACAGAGGAGUGCUUGCAAACAGAAGUACUUGAGGGUCUUGAACCACAUAACAACCUGAAACAUCUUCAGAUAACUGGGUACAAUGGUGCUACCUCUCCAUCCUGGCUUACUCGCAAUAUCUCUCUUUCGUAUUUACAGACUCUGUAUUUGAAUGGCUGUGGAGAAUGGCGGAUACUUCCAUCUUUGAGAGGGCUUCCGUUUCUUGCAAAGUUAAACUUAAGAAACAUGCCAAAAUUAGAAGAAGUAUCGGUUCCUUCAUUGGAGGAGCUGGUGUUAGUUAAAAUGCCAAAGUUGGAGAGAUGCUCCUGCCUUUCCUUGAGGGAGUUGAAUUCUUGUUUAAGGGUUCUGAAGAUUAUAAAUUGCAUUGCAUUGAAGGUGUUUGAUCUGUUUGGGAACGGCCAUAAACUUAAUAUUGAGCAGAAGUCAUGGUUGCCACGUAUUUGGGAACUCAUUAUCCACAACUGCCCUCUUUUGCUGGUACCACACCCUUUACCAUCUUCGAGUAUUGUUUCUAGAAUUUCCAUGAUCGGAGCUUUGAAAUUUCCAAUAAUGAAUUUACGGUCCUGUGGAAGUUUAGCCAUCGGCAAGGAUUCUGAAGAUGAUGAAUAUGGUUCUGACGAGGAUAGUCUUGAGGAGCUUUCUGAUGAGCUGUUGGCGUUAGAUGGAAAGAUAUUGGCAUUCCAUAAUCUAAGGUUCCUGACAGAGUUGAUAAUAGAUUACUGCAAAAGCCUCACGUCUAUUUCACUAAAAGGAUUAAGUCAACUUGUAUCUUUAGAGACACUGAGAAUAAAGAACUGUCCAGGACUUUCUGGUUUCGAUGUUCCGCCAGAGCAUACCCAUGAAGAUUUGACAGUUGCAAAUUACAACACCCUCCCAUCACUCGAAUAUCUAGAGAUUUGGUCAUGUGGAAUAGCGUGGGAGUGGCUAUCUCUGAUUCUGCAACAUGCGCCAGCACUAACGGAAUUGGAUUUAUGGGACUGCCCAAAAUUGGAAUCUCUACAGCUGAACUCCUGCACGACACUGCAAAAGUUGAGCGUAAUUGACUGUGAAUCGCUCGGCACACUAGAGCUGCACUUUUGCACGGCAUUGGAAGAUUUGUUCAUCUGUGAAGCUGCAGUCUGCGUGCUAGAGGGCUCGCAAUCACUCAGGAAGUUGCGACUCCGUGGCAGCCAUUAUUUGGAAUCUCUAAAACUGCACUCCUGCACGGCACUGGAAGAGUUGGAUAUUCGGAGCUGCACACCAGACCAUGCCCUCCCAUCACUCGAAUAUCUAGAGAUUGGGUCAUGUAGAAUAGCGUGGGAGUGGCUAUCUCUGAUUCUGCAACAUGCGCCAGCACUAACGGAAUUGGAUUUAUGGGACUGCCCAAAACUGGGUUCUCUACAACUGAACUCCUGCACGACACUGGAAAAGUUGAGCGUAGAUGACUGUGAAUCGCUCGGCACACUAGAGCUGCACUUUUGCACGGCAUUGGAAGAGUUGAAUAUUUGGAGCUGCCCAUCACUCUGUACACUAGAGGACCUCCCGCCUUCUCUUGAGGAGUUGACAAUCUUCCGUGGCAGUGAGGAGCUGAAACAUCAAUCCAUAUCGCGGGCAUCAAGCAAGUUAAAGGUCAAAAUUGACGGCCAAUAUGUGAAUUGAUUACUCGGUGGCUUGUUAAGCACAACCUGCACAGCAGACAUAGUUGCACACUUGUACUGCUUUUGAGUUCCUUGACAGGAUUGCUGUCACCUCAGAACCUCAUCCUGAUGCGAUCUGUUUACUGACAUACAGAUAUAGUUGCACAGCCAUCCCUCCCUCGAGGUUGGAGAUCUGAAGAUAUCAGAUUGUGUCAAGGCUGCUGGAAAUGGGCCUCCCACCUUCACUGGAAGAGUUGGACAUCUUGCUUUGCAGUGAGGUCCUGAACGAUCAAUGUAGAAUGCUCACAACAAGCAAGCUAAAGGUCGGCAUUAAUUUCCAAGAUGGGAAUUGGUUAGUCGUUGUCUUGUUAAGCAUGAGUUUGUACCUGCACAAAAGAUAUCGUUAUACUUCCUAUGAGUUCCGGGACAGGUUUGCUGCCUUGUCAACUCGUAGCAGUCAAUUUCCUGUCCAAAAGAAAAGAUAGUAGUCAACAGGAGCUCUGAGACACAAUUUCUGAAAAUGCAUCGUGUUAUUCAUCACAAGUUGGCCUGAAAAUGCAUUAGGUUGUUCAUCACAAGUUGGCCUGAAGAAGCUUACAAAACUUUCCGGAAAUACACUGCAGCUAUACUAAUGCACUUUAUGUUUCUGAACUCCACCUCUUAGGUCUUAGCCAGCAUAUGUUGCUCCGUCAGAAUUCUGGAUGUGUCAGCGGACACCUGAUUAAUCCAUAGAUCUGAACAUGCAACCUUGCUGGGUUUGGCUACAAAUUUUGCUCGUUGUAAUACAUUCUAAGGAAUUCAUUUUGUUUUGGGGUUUCUUUUGUGAUGCCACAAUGCCAACAUGUUGUGCUUCAGACCAUGCCUGGUUAUUCAGACAGUUUUGCUACAGGCCUGUAGAGGAACUAAAUCUUGUUACAGGCUUUGUGCCUGUGUUUACAGGCUUGUAGACACGAUUCUGAACUGA